AUGGAUCACAGCAAAGCCCUUUCCAAAAAAUAUAUGACACUCGACCAAGGAGAAAGUGUUCAAGCCAUGUACGUGUGGGUGGACGGAACUGGGGAAAAUCUUCGCUGCAAGACGAAAACUCUCAACAUGGAACCCAUGACACCAGAAGACCUUCCAAUUUGGAACUUCGACGGCUCUAGUACCUAUCAGGCUGAGGGCUGUAACAGCGAUAUUUAUCUUCAUCCAGUCGCCUUAUUCCGAGAUCCAUUCAGGCAAGGAAAAAACAAGUUGGUUUUGUGCGAGACGUAUCAAUUUAACCACAAAUCAACCAAAACAAACACCAGGAAAAGCUGUCUUGAUGUCAUGGAAACUGAACUGGUGGAGGUAAAAAGCAUUAACCUUUAAUUUUUAGUUUCAAUAAAAUUAGUUUCUUACCUCGACUAACCAGAAAUGUGCGAAAUUUUGAAUUAAAAACUUCACGUGCGACUUUUCACGUGGCGUGGAUCCACCAAACAUCCGAUAUCAGGUAGAUGUUGUUGUUGUUGUUUUUUCAGUGACACUGUACAUGCAUGCUUCGACAACUGUUGGCAAGAGAGCAAGGCUUUGUUGUUCACAAAUCCGUAAAGCGGCUUUGGAAAAAAAAUGGCCAAAUGAACAUAAAGUAACAACGAUUUUGACAUCGGUUUCAUGACCUCUGUCUUUGAUGUUUUUGAGUGGCUUUUGUUCGUUGCAAGCCUACAUUUUCAUGUUUAAACCCAAGUUACUGAACAAGCUCGAAAUCUGCCUACUUUUGAUUUGUUUUGAUAAACCAAGCUAGAAUAUGUGAACUUUUGCAUGAAACUAGUGUUCUGAAAAAAAAAAAGAAACCUAAAGAGGUAUGAUAACACUUAGUUCAAAUGUUAAUAGUACUUUUGAUCUCAGUAGGACAUUAUUUCGUACCAAAAGUCGUAGAGACACCACAGGUAGCCCAAGCUCGAAAUAUGAGCAUCGGCGAGCAAAGGCAUUGUUGCGUAACAUUCGUAAUAUAAGGAUUUGUAUGGGGAAAAAAAACCUAUCGUUUCUGUGAUCUACGAAAAUGAAAGGAUUUCAAUAAAAAACAGCUUACCUUACAUGAAAUGUGUGUUACGUCUCUCCUGUGUGGUCCAUGCGCCGAUUUGUGGCCGUUUUAUGGGUUGAACUGUAAACGGUUCCCUCUCUAGAUAGCCUACGAACGACAGACGUUUCUCCUCGCUCAUCGCCGCUGUGGGACGUUUCGCGUUCCUCAGCGGCGAUGAGCGAGGAGAAAAGUCUGCCGUUCGCAGGCUACUUUCUUGAGCAAACCGGCCCCAAUAACACCCAUUAAAUGGCCAUAAAUCGGCUCCGAAACCACACAGGAAAGAAGAAACACAUAGGUUAACUGAUUUUUAUUUAAUUCCUUUUACAUUCGUAGGCUACAGAAACAAUAGUUUUUCUCCCCUACAAAUCCUUAUAUUUUGAACGUUACGCAAGCCAAUGGUCACAUUCCGAGCUUGGGUCACCUGUGGAGUCACAUCAUAUUUCACCAGGGCUUUUAACAGUACAAAAUUCAACUGUUCAAUAACUAGUCACCAGGACCCGCCUUCCCAACUCGCCAUGACGUAGCAAUGACUUUUAAUCCCUUUUUCCCAACCCUAAAAUAAUGAAUGCAAGAAAAAGCUCACUCGUGCACGUACUUUCAUCACAACGAAUAGAUUGAUUGCCUUCCCGCCUUUUCUCUUAAAAUCUGUCUUGUUCUUAUCUCAGCCAGCGCGACUGGGGGGUGCAGUAACUUCGCAACGAAAAAUAAGAGACCGCUCGCAGUCUAGUCAACGAAGGCAGAGGAUAGUAAGUCUGUUGUCAUAGAAAGUCAGAGGCGUAAAAAAGACCUGCAAAUUUGUGAAUUUCCAGUAAUUCGCAUUCAGAAGUUGCGUUUUGCCAAUUUUUUGUGUCCAAUGAGUUAAAGUUUUUAUCACUGUUUUGAACUUUUCCAUUUGUUGUCUCAGAACACCCAUCCUUGGUUUGGUAUUGAACAAGAAUACACUCUGCUUGACAAAGAUGGUCAUCCCCUUGGCUGGCCAAAGGGUGGGUUCCCUGGGCGACAGGGACCCUACUACUGUGCUGUUGGCACUGGAAAUGUGUUUGGUCGUGACGUGGUUGAAGCUCACUAUCGUGCUUGCCUGUAUGCAGGUGUCAAAAUCGCAGGAACAAAUGCUGAAGUUAUGCCGGCUCAGGUGAGAACUGAGUAACAUUCACUGUAAUAAUUUCCAAUCGAGAACAGGCGACAUUUUCGAGACGCCGGCCACUACUGGUUUCCUCACCAAAAGACGUCUGUGGAACGAGCGCAGAAAUUCCAUACUGAUGACGUGUCACUGCCCAGAUCUGGAUAGUGCUUCUGAUGGGUUGAAGCAAAUUUUCCACGACGCGCGAUCAAGAUCUGGGUAGUGACACGUCAUCAGUAUCUAAUCCUCAGACGUUAUUUACGAGGAAAUCAGUGAUGGCGUCGCCAAGUGUCAGCUGUUUUCUCAGGUUAUGUGAUGAGAAAUAUCAGAGAUACAAUCCAACUAGCGUGUUUCUCGAGGACCUGUUGGGAGAAUGUGCAUGUUCAUCACGGCCUGUCUUUUUUGUUUCAGUGGGAGUACCAAGUUGGUCCUUGUGAAGGUAUUGAUAUGGGAGACCACUUGUGGAUAUCAAGGUUUAUAUUACAUCGUGUUGCUGAAGACUUUGGAAUCAAGGUUACUUUUGAUCCCAAACCUAUCCCAGGGGACUGGAAUGGAGCUGGCGCACACACAAACUACAGGUAAAUAAGAAGUGAGGUCACGUAUGUAUACUUAAAAAGCCCUUGCUUCGUGAGGUUACACUACGGUCAUACGAGCAGGGUAUUGGGGUUUUCAGUUUACAGUUAUAGAUGACAUUUUUAGUUUUCUGUUCUUGAAAUUUGCGGCUUGGUUUAAUGUCCGUAAAAAUUGUGGUUUGUUGGGCACUUUAUGUAGAAAGAAAAUGAAUUCAAGGCAACGAAGAGCUUGCCUUCGAAACAGUCUUUUAAUAAAUCCCUUCGCGGUGAUUAGUUCAUAUUUUUAACCAUUACUUAGAGGGGCCUGUCCCGUAUCCAGGCGUUUCAUAUGGUUCGGGGUCGACAGGCGGGGCGGGGGACUGCGUGAGUGGGGAUCUCUUUCGCGCUUCUCCAGUUUCCUUUGAGCAACAAGAAAGAAACCCUGGGGUACGAAACAGCAAAAAAGGGGCAAAUCAGAAACUAAAAGUAAACUGCUUUAAUGACAUCAUUUGCAGCACACAGGCAAUGAGAGAAGAAGGAGGAAUGAAGCACAUAUACGAUGCUAUUGAAAAGCUGUCCAGCAAACACGACUACCACAUCAGAAUGUAUGAUCCUAACGAGGGGGAAGACAACAAACGACGCCUAACUGGCCACCACGAGACCUCGUCGAUUGAUAACUUUUCUCAUGGGGUAGCCAACCGAGGGGUGAGUGUGCGGAUUCCUAGGCAAUGUGCUGAAGAUGGCAAGGGGUACCUAGAGGAUAGACGACCAUCGUCCAACUGCGAUCCAUACCGUGUUACUGAAGCCAUUGUGAGGACGACCUUACUGGGAAAUUAA